UCCCGGUCACCGGAGUUGCGGGUUCCUAGUAAGCGUUGUUUCCAAAGGCGGCCUCGGGAGCAUGCCCUGAUUGGCUCGCUCUGGAGGCGGGGACAGGACUCAUUUGAGUCUAGGACCACUUCCUGAGGCGCGAGGCAGGAAGUUAUCUGGUCUCUCCGGAGUCCUGUGGAGAAAGUGCUGUCUGCUGCAGUGGUGGCGGCGAGAACAGGAGGUGGGUCGGGAGACUGGCCGUUCGGUCUCGCCGCAGCCAAGGGCCCGUUUCCAUCGUAGCACCACGGCCCUCUUCUCCAGCCCCGAGCCCGGCGCGGCUGCCCGGGGGGCUCCUUCAGGCUCCUUGACGCUGGUCCAAGGGGCAUCUACCUGGGCAUCGCCUGGGCCUCCAGCCGGGGGACUGACUCCCGGCUUCAGCUCCCGGGGCCACUGUAAGAAGUGCCCUUAUCACCCCUCGCCCUGUCCUCCUCCUCCCUGAACCAUCGGGACCCUGGUCCAGAGCGAUAGCCUUGGACCUGGGACUAGGCGCUCCAAGACGCUCAGCCCCGGCACCCCACAGACGGGGCUCUGCAUCGUCUCUGAUAUGUCACCCACCAUCUCCCACAAGGACAACAGUCGGCAACGACGACCAGGGAAUUUCAGCCACUCUCUGGAUAUGAAGAGCGGUCCUCUGCCGCCAGGCGGCUGGGAUGACAGUCAUCAGGAAUUGGUGGGCGGGGAAGGGGACCGAGAAGCUUUUCUGCGGGAUACCGGCACGGGUGACUUCUCAAAACCCCCACGGAACUGCCGGGCCGAAUUAAGCAGCAUUUUGCUGCUGCUUUUUCUUUACGUGCUUCAGGGCAUUCCACUGGGCCUGGCGGGAAGCAUCCCACUCAUUUUGCAGAGCAAAAACGUUAGCUAUACAGAUCAAGCUUUCUUCAGUUUCGUCUUUUGGCCUUUCAGCCUCAAACUGCUCUGGGCCCCGCUGGUUGAUGCAGUUUACUUUAGGAACUUCGGUCGUCGCAAAUCUUGGCUUGUCCCUACACAGUACAUACUGGGACUGUUCAUGAUCUAUUUAUCCACUCAAGUGGACCGUUUGCUCGGCAACACUGAUGGCAGAACGCCCGAUGUGGUCGCUCUCACUGUGACAUUCUUUUUGUUUGAAUUCCUGGCCGCCACUCAGGACAUCGCUGUGGAUGGCUGGGCGUUAACGAUGUUAUCCCGGGAAAACGUGGGUUAUGCUUCUACUUGCAAUUCAGUGGGCCAGACAGCGGGCUAUUUUUUGGGCAAUGUUUUGUUUUUGGCCCUUGAAUCUGCCGAUUUUUGUAACAAAUAUUUGCGAUUUCAGCCUCAACCCAGGGGAAUCGUUACUCUCUCAGAUUGGUUUUUCAGCAGCAGAUGCAGUAACAGGACUGAAAUUGGUAGAAGAAGGAGUACCCAAAGAACAUUUAGCCUUAUUGGCAGUUCCAAUGGUUCCUUUGCAGAUAAUAUUGCCUCUGAUUAUCAGCAAAUACACUGCAGGUCCCCAGCCACUAAACAUAUUUUACAAAGCCAUGCCCUACAGGUUACAUUGUACAGCAUGUAUGUUUCCAUAAUGGCUUUCAAUGCGAAGGUUAGUGAUCCACUUAUUGGAGGAACAUAUAUGACCCUUUUAAAUACUGUGUCCAAUCUGGGAGGAAACUGGCCUUCUACAGUAGCUCUUUGGCUAGUAGAUCCCCUCACAGUGAAAGAGUGUGUAGGAGCAUCAAACCAGAAUUGUCGAACACCUGAUGCUGUUGAGCUUUGCAAAAAGCUUGGUGGCUCAUGUGUUACGGCGCUGGAUGGUUAUUAUGUAGAAUCCAUCAUUUGUGUUUUUAUUGGAUUUGGUUGGUGGUUCUUUCUUGGUCCUAAAUUGAAAAAAUUACAGGAUGAAGGACCAUCUUCAUGGAAGUGCAAAAGAAGCAAUUAAUUUACAUUCACUACUGGACAUUCUAGGAAGGUAACUGUAGUUUUAUUUUAAUUCAGACAGUUAUGAUAAUCAGUGCAUGGGAGUAUAAAAUAAAAUUUUAAACAAGGAAAUUAUUAAUAUAAAAUGCCAAAUGAUUAAAAAAUAGACUCUCUGUAUAGUUGAUUAUAUUUUCCUUGCCUUGUCAAUGUAUUUGAAGUUUACUUAAGGUUAGGAAAUUGGUUCUAAAACAAGUUUUCUGGCCUUGUUAUUUGAUUUAUAUCUUUUUAAUUUACUGACCAAAGUAUGUUUUAACCUGCAGUGCAGUAGCCAUGGGUGGUAACCAUCCAGUCAAGUAUUGUUAUCAGUACUUAUCAUUGAGCUGUAUUUAAAAUUCUGGUACAAUAUAUGAAAUGGAACAGAGUUUGAUAUUCAGGUACUAAUUACAGCCAGUCUGGCCCUGUUGACAACUAAAUUUUAUUUUGAAUUGCAAAUUGGUUAAAUUCUAUGUGGAAUUUGCUGAGAAGAGAAUGCAGACUACUGAAAUGCCAUUUUAGUUGUUAUUUUUCUGACCAUAACCACAUUGUACUAAUGAAUCUGUGUUAAAAAGACUAUUUUAAAUGUAUUUCCUGCCUUUGUAAGCAUUACAGAUUUAUAUGAAGAUUAUUCAAACUAUUUUUUAUAAAAUGAAAGCUAACGAUUUUUAAUUUAAUGAUUCCCUGUCCUCCUUUUUGGGGGAGAUAUUCUGAUUACUUGUUAACUUUUACCCUAAAGCUUGCAUAUGUUUUUGUCAUAAGUGCUUCAUGGCAUACAGACAGCUCGUGAAGGGAUCUAAUUUACUGUUGUAUGUACGUUCGUGGCAAAGUUUUGAAAAUAAAAAAUGUUUUACUCAAAGCAGUUUUUUUUAUUACUGAGAGAGAAAAACAGUAAAGAUUUUCAAUUAAAUAAAAUCAAAAUGAAUAAUACUAUAAUUUUAAAGACUAAUGCUUAGAGAGAGAGAGAGAGACAAAGACAUUUUGUGCCUUUGACAAGUUAAAUUAUGUUGUGGAAGAAUGUUUCUUAAUUAAGCACUUUACUAGUGAGAAAAGAUCUCACAGUUACUUUAUAUAAAAUCAGGUACUGUAUUUCCACUUAUUAAAACACAACCUUCUGUUUGUAAACUAUAAUAUCUGCUGGAGGAUUGAUAUCCCAGGAAGGUUAAGCUUUGGAAUAUGUUAGCAAUUCCCAACAUAUUAUGUAUACCAAUAAUAAUGUUCUUUGCAUUUUUUGUGUCAUAUACUACUCUGACUCUUUCGAGAUUAUGUAAAUCCUUCCAAAGAUAAAGAAAAAGAAAGAUUAAGUUGAAUCUGACUUAAUUUUAUCCUUGUGGGAAAACAUAUACUAAUUUUUAUUUUGUUAAUUUUGUAAAUAGGUUGAAUUUAGAGUGGGGUUUUAUAUAAGUAAUGGAGGAUAAAAUGGGUGGGAGAAAAUGGCACUCAGCAUCUGAAGAAAGAUAGAGGCGGUUCUCUAGAACUCAUGCAUUGCCAUUGGAAAGCCUUUGUUGGGCAUCGAUAUCAGAUCCUGAAGAAUCACCUGGAAAAUCAUCCUAGAAACAAGGAAGCUACACCAAACUGUAGUCUACCAUACUUUGUCACAUGGGUUGUCCAUUAUCAUGUAUUAUAAUCAGAAUGUUUACUUGAAUAAAGGAAAAAACCCAUUUUCUCUCAUAUGUGAAAUGUAUUUUGCUUUUUAAUUUUUGGAUUAAAAAUUUGACAUUGCCAUAAUUAUCUUUUGUUUCUUACCCAUUCAUAUUACAUAUUUACAUACUUUCAAACAUACUUUGAAGUCAACCAAUCUUUAAUGAUUUAAAGUAUUAAAAUCUGUUGUAAGCCUUUAACUAUAAGUUGAAAGCCAUUAAUUGCAUUUGCUCUAGAAAUUUUGAAUUGUAGUCCUUUGGUUAUUUGGGUACAUUCUUGUAAUGCAUAUCAAAAAUGACUUCUUAACAGCUAUGUGCAACUGUGUUGCAUACAUUGAUCACUGAUGGUAUCUUACAAAUGAUCUACCUGAAUCUGAGGAUCUGUUCAUGGUAUAUCAGUAGAAAAUACUACCCUUUUUUGCAUAUGUUUUUCUUUACUGAUAGAUCCUGAUAAACUCUGCCCUCAAGUGUGGACAUUAACUCCUCCAGUUAAUGUAUCAUAUAUUUACUAGCUAAUACUCUUAUAAAUCUCACAAGGUUAUGAUUAGCUACGACUAAUAACAAAAAUUCCUUCCUUUGUAAAUAUUUUAAUUUUGCCUAUUCAAUCACACACACAAAAAUUUGUUCAAUACCUAAAAUAGAUUUCUCUAUUUUUUUAAUUAAACCUUUGCGAUAUAAAAUAAA